GACGAUAUUUGUCUGCCAUGAAUUUUAGCGAUGUCUCUUAUGAAAAUAUACAAGUUACAUUUUCAUGGAUCGACUAUGGAUUGUUUCUCUUGAUGUUGUCUAUGAGCUUACUGAUCGGUUUAUAUUUUGGUUUUUGUGGUCAUCAAGACAGCGCAGAUGAAUACUUACUUGGGGGUAAGAAAAUGUCAGCGAUUCCAAUUGGAAUAUCAUUAGUAGCAAGUAAUAUCUCCGGUAUAACACUUCUUGGCGUCCCAACGGACAUCUAUCGCUUUGGGACAACGUAUUACCUUUAUGCCAUCAUGUUUUUACCAGUCUGCAUCAUUACGUACUAUGUCUAUAUCCCAGUAUUUUAUAAAUUGCAAGUGGUGAGCGCCUUUGAGUAUUUAAUGCUGCGUUUCGACAGAAAGGUUCGCCUCCUCUCUUCAGGACUCUACACUAUCAACACUGUGUUGUAUCUUCCUAUUGUUGUGUACAUUCCAGCGUUGGCCCUUGCUCAAGCUACGCACACAAGCAUCCAUUACAUUCCACCAGUAGUAUGUGGUGUGUGUAUAAUCUACACUACAAUAGGUGGUUUAAAAGCCGUGGUGUGGACGGAUACUCUUCAGUUUGUGGUAAUGAUUGGUUCAAUUCUUGGAGUUUACCAAGGAGUAAACUCGGUUGGAGGAUUUGGGGAAGUUUGGAAGAGGGCUGAUGAGAGCAAACGUUUGGAUUUCGACUUUGACAUGGACCCUACUAAAAGGGACACUGUUUUUGCCACAUCAAUUGGAUCAAUUUUUAUAGGUCUAUGUUAUGCUGCAAUCAAUCAGAGUUUUGUUCAGAAGUUUUUAUCUUUACCGUCAAGAAAAGACAUAAAAAUAGCUAUUACAAUAUUUAAUAUUGGGAUGCUUGUCAUUAUAACUCUGGUGCUUGGUAUUGGUUUGGUCAUGUAUGCAAACUACUACCGCUGUGAUCCGUUUACAGCUGGUAAAAUCAAAAAACAUGAUCAGGUGUUGCCAUUUUACGUAAUGGAGGUAGCCACAGUGAUUCCGGGAUUAGCUGGCCUGUUCUUGUCAGGGAUCUUGAGUGCCGCAUUGAGUACCCAGUCGGCGUACAUGAACAGUUUGGCGGCUUCAAUAUACGAAGAUUUUGUGAGUCCUUUUGUUCCUUCCAACACGAAUCAGAAGACAAUCAGUAACAUACUCAAAUUUAUGGUUGUUAUUAUUGGAUUGAUCAGCACACUCAUGGUGUAUGUAGUUGAACACAUGGGCAGUAUAGUACCAAUUAAUAUUGCACUGAGUAGCAUAACUAAUGGCCCGCUAUUGGGUUUGUUUACAUUGGGAAUGUUAUUUCCGGUUGCUAAUUCAAAGGGGGCAUUAUUUGGAAGUUUAACAUCUUUGGCGGUCAUGACAUUUAUUAUAGGUGUAAGUCAAAUUUAUCAGUUCAAUGGACGUAUACGUUACCCGGCCAAACCAGUGUCAAUUGACGGAUGUAAUUCAACACUUGUUACAGGAGUAACAAGUUCAAGUAAUAUACAAAUAAAUGAUGACGACAUAUUUGUUUUGUUUAAAAUUACACAUUAUUACUAUACAUUCGCUGGUGCGAUGAUAACAAUGGUUGCUGGCGUAGUAAUAUCCUAUUUUACACAAAACGUUACCGAUCCAAAGGUAAAUCCGGAUGCUAUAAGUCCUGUAGUUUAUUGGAUAAGACAGAAGUGGGGAAGACGCAUAGUAGAUGAUCAAAUGCAAGAAAUGAAAGUGAAGGAGACACAAACAUUGAUUUCGCAAGUGAACAAAACAGAAUCAUAACGAAAAAUUAUGAAUGUGUUCUGUGCUAUACUUUGUAAUUAUUAGAGCCAUUUAAAAUGCUUAUAAACGUUCUGGACUCAUCAUAUAGUAUGUUCAGUCCUAAUAUUUAGUUUUAUAGUAGUAGUAUAAUCACUUCGUUCUCGGUUAUGGUUUUAAUUUUCGAAUUUUGAACGUGUGCGUGUGUGUAUGUGUUACAAAUUUAAUUUUAAUUUGUACAUGUUUCCCUAAAAGGGCAUUCCUCAGUAUGUGUAAGAAUACACUUAGCACUGCAGUUGAACUUCAACUUGUAAAUUAAAUUACUAUUGCCAAUUGCUAAUUGUAAACUUCAAUUGAUUGAAUAAAAUAUAUUCCACGUUA